AUGACUAACACCGAGGCUCUCAUGACCUGGGCGAGAGAGCGCCUUCUGCGUACAAAGCAGAAGUUGAAACGCACCAUGAUCUCCUCGGCCGACUGGCCUCCACCGAAUCUGAUCUACUCCUCCAGUGUCACUUGCCAACAGGGCCAACAUGGCAGACUUAAAGGACUUUCGCACGCUGAGACUGACCACGAGCCCUUAUCUAAACAGGCGAAACCGGUAAAGGUUGUGGAAGUUGAGGAAGAGGAUGACGAUGAUGAUGAUGGUGAGAGAUCUUAUCAGUGGCUGGGUUCCUGCUGCUGGAGGGAGAGCUCUGAACGUCGACCAGCUCAUCGCCUAUCCAGUAUGAUCUCAGGGACCUAUAAAAUCCGUCAUGGUCGUCAUCACAACGCUGUCACAGAGCUGGUGCUGAAGACGGGACCCGAUGGCAGUCUGAUAUGUGAUAACAAUGUGGACAUCAACAUGCUGAUUGCGGGUUUUCGAGAGUUUGAAAAGCACCUGCAGUACGGUGCUCUGAUGCCCUUUGUUAACGUUCUGCCCACGGCUAUCAACCCUACCCCGGAGGAGGAGGGGGAAGAGGACAGUCGGUUGCAGGAAGCCGCUGAUGAGGAAGAAGGGGGCGCAAGUGAAAGUUCAGGGCAGGAACCUGUGCGACUGAAGUCACUCUGUCGGAGAAGAAGUACCCCGGCCAAGGAUAAGAGGGUGAGCUUUGCCGAUCUGCAGAAAGCAGACAGCUAG